UGCCAAAUUUUUGUUUGAGUUGCUGACCCUAAAACAAUUGUGAUUACGUAGCCAACCUGUGCAGAUUUAUUUUUGCUUUCCAAAGCAUGCUAUUGACAAUCUGACCUUUUCUUCUCUUUUUUGCUGCUUUGGGUUGGCUAAUUUGGCAUUACAUGAUUGGUUCCUUUUUUGUUUUUUUUUCCCUUCUGAUGAAUGAUGUCAAUUCCUUUUUAAGAUGUGUUCCACUGCACAUUUUGAUAUCUUUGCUUUAAGGUGGAUGAAAAGGACAUAAAGAUAAGCUGAACGAAAAAAGAAGUGGAAUGAUAUGAUUUCCAUUUUUAAAUUCAAAUGAAUUAGUGAUGGAUGGUAGGUGUAGGAUAGGUUGCAAGUAUGGCAAGGGUGUAUCUUAAGGACAUGAUCUAAUGGACCAUUUGUAUUGAGCAUCCCUUAUCAUAAACUUGCUGCACGUUCAGCAGCCCCAACUAUGAGAAAUCUGCCAAUCCACAUGCGACUGUGAACAUCAAAGUUGGGUAUUGUAUUUAGUAGCUGAGGGUUCUUCUAAGAGCUAAUUAAGCAAGCCAUGAUGUUAUCAUGAUCUUACAGAGGCCUUAAGACCCUCACCUAUAACCAAACACUUACGAUCAAUGCCCCAGAUGGUCUUAUCAUGUUAUUGAGUCUAAUCUUCCAUGAAAUGUAAGAAAUUAUGGGUAUUUGAUUUUGAACAAUUAAAGGCAAUUAAUACUUCAGAUUUGUAACUACCUGGCCUACUCCCACACCAGGCUCGGGCUUCUAGUUGCGCGGAUCUAGCCUGCCCUAUAUAUAGCAGCUUCUUUCCAGCUCCAAAAUAGCUAGAAACUAGGACAACCUAUCACUCAACUGACCUCCUCAUAAAUCCUCCAAGAUUCUUCACAAUCUUACGAGACUAAAACUUGUCAAAGUAUGGUGUUACAAUCCACCCCAUUAAGGCAUAUCUGUCUGCUUAUGUGGUAGCCAAGGUUCAAAUGUUGAACCGGCUUUGAUACCACUAUUACAGCUUGACCCACUCAAACUCUGGGCUUGGGCUCUUGGUCAGGUAGAUUCCAACCUGCUUCCUAGUAUCUUUGGUUUCAACCCUAAAAUGACUAGCAACUAGGGAAUCUGUCUUAAGUGUGCCCCAAGAUUUUUCUCAAUCUUAUAUAUGAGACUAAACUUCUCGGAGUGGGACGUUACAAGAUGAUAAGGUUUUACUUUUGUACCAAUAGAUCUUAGGUCUAAUCAAUAUUAAUAUGCGGAGUAUCUGUUGACAAGUACUUGAACAUGUGGUGCUAAACCUGUCAAAAACGAUCUUAGCCAUUGAUUUCUUCCAUAUUGACAUUGAGAGAAAAAAGAGGAAAGGUUGUGAAUCUGUAUUAGAUGACUAAAAUGUCAUAUCUUCUUUUUCUCUUUUUUCCUAACCGUCCAUGUAAACUAAAUCAGUAGCCCAUAUCAUUCCUGAUAGGCUAUUACCUACCUACCCAUUUAUCUUUCUCUCUCUCCAUAUAUAUAUAUAUAUAUAUAAUGAUAUAUAUUCUAAACGCCUUAGGAGGGAAAAAAGGCUUACAAAUGGCUGAUUAUUGAAAGCAAAUUUAGGGGAGAUAUGUACAAAAACGAUUCGCCAUCAAGUUGAAAAUUAGGUCAAGGUAACAUGUUACUUCUUGCAACUAUAUACAUAUCCUGCAUACUUUGAGAAUUGGUCUCCAAGCCCAUGCUUUAGGGCUUUGACAUGAGAAGGAACGGGAGGGUGUACAUUGAAAGAAAGGAAGCCUGCCCUAGGACUGUGUGCUACAGCGUUGGACGACAUCUUUAUAUCUUUUAACAAACGUUGUAAAUAUUGGUUUCAAACUUAUAUUGGCCAUUUAAAUGAUACACUACAUUGAAUGAUAUUUGAAAGGGCCUGAACUGGCCUGCCUUGUUGCAGGGAGGGGCUGAUAUGAUGCAUAUCAGGUGAUACAGGCUGAUAUAAUGAAUAUCUGCUGAUGCGGGCAAUGCAUGCUCAUUAAGCCGAUAAGGAGCUGGGCUCGGGCUGGCCCGACACCCGAAACUCGGGUCUGGGCCCAGCCCGACCGUUAAAACCAGAGCCCGAUUAAAUUAAAAAAUAUAUUUUUUAAUAUAAAAGAAUAUAUAAAUAUAAUUACUCGUAAUAAAAUAUUAUAUGUAUAUAUAAAAAUUAAUAAAAUAAAUAUUAAAAGCAAAUUAUCGGGCCCACCCUCUCGGGGCCCGGGCCCGAGUUGGGCCGGGUACCGGGUACCCGCUAGUGGUUCGGUCUGGUGCCCAGCCUUAAUGCUCAUAUCUACACUAACAAUAAUUUUAGGCAUAAAACUUGCAAGAGACAAAUUCCAAGCGGAACUUAUACAGCAAACUUUCUAUAAAAAUUAUGCACCCUGUUAGAAUAUAUUGUAUUGGGAACCGGGUCCAUAUCUGGACCCGGUCCUAUGGGGCAUGGAUACCGAGGUGGGCUCGGUACCCUAGGCGGCACUCUUUCUCUCCCUCCUAUAUAUUCUUCACUUACAUGUAAUCGUUGAGUUAAGUGAAUAUUAUUUUCUCUCUCCUAGGGUUGCGGUUUGCCCCUAGGUUAGAGCUUCCCCGUGGUUUUUCACCUCUUUCUGAGGUUUUCCACGUAUAUUGUGUGUUCUUUCUCUGCUCUCUCCUUGUGGUUCGUGUUUCUACAUGGUAUCAGAGCCACCGCGUGUGAGAUCGUUGGUGUGCAAGUAGUGUUUUUUCCGCCGUUCACGUGCCGCCUCCGUUGCCGUUUCCAGCACCGCCGCCGACACUGUUCCCAGCGCCGCUGCUGUUGCUGUUUUCAGUGCUGAGGCCGUCCAGGAACGCCGCCGCCGUCCAUCGUUCCCAGCGCCGCCGUCGUUUUUCCGCCGCCAAGGAACGCCGCCGCCGUCGUUCCCAGCGCUGCCCUGCCCUGCCGCCGUCGCUGCUCCCAGCGCCGCCGUCGCUGCUCCCAGCGCCGCCGUCGCCUGGGUUAUCUUCGCUGUUCCCAGCGCUGCCCUGCCCUGCCGCCGUCGCCUGGGUUAUCUGCGUCGCCGCCGGGUGUCCUGUUUUCGCCGCCGUGGGUUGUGCCCUCUCUGCCGCCGGUUGUGACCUUCUUCGGGGAUUGCGAUGGCUGACGCAGCGAUGCCCAAGCUUGAUGAUGCCCUCGACACGGGCAGCCAUACCAAGGGUGAGAACUUGCCUGUUCAUGUCACCUCCAUUCGGCUGAACAAGGAUAACUAUCUCUCGUGGUCUGCUGCCCUAGAAAUCGGGAUUACUAGUCGUGGUCGCCUGCACUAUAUCACUGGGGAGAAGCCUGCACCUUCUAAAACUGAUUCGCAAUGGCCGACCUGGGCGUUGGAGGAUAGUCAGGUUAAAGUAUGGAUUAUUAGUUCGGUUUCCGCAGAUAUUCAGCCUUUGAUCUUGCGUAAAUCGACGGCGUAUGAUAUGUGGACUGUUCUUGCACGUAUGUAUGGUCGUAAGAAGCGUGUUUUACGUGCCUAUCAAAUCAAACGUAGCAUAUAUGCUCUUAAACAGGGUGAUUUAUCUGUUGCCUCCUUUUAUGCCGCCCUGAAGACCAAAUGGGAGGAACUUGACUAUCAUGUGAAUGAUGACUGGAAAUGUGGUGUAGAUCAUGCCCUGUAUUGGGAAAAGGAAUGGAUGGACCGCACCUUUAUCUUCCUUGGAGGCCUGCGUGAUGAGUUUGAAACCAUUCGAAACCAGAUUCUUAACUGUGAUGAGAUUCCUGGAAUCGAAGAGGUGUAUGCCCGUAUUGAGUCUGAGGAGCAACGGCGCCAGAUUAUGCAUAUUGACUCCCAUCAGGGGAGUUCUCCAGCAGCCUUUGUGAGCCAUACUUCAGGGACGGGGCAACGUCCUACUCGACGAUGCAACCAUUGCAACAAAGUGGGUCAUUCUGUUGAUUUUUGUUGGGAUCUUCAUCCUGAGAAGCGUCUCGUCCGAGGUCGUCCUCCUCCUCAUCGCCAUGCUUCUUCUGUGCCAGAGCCUAGCCCGGGGUCGUCUAAUGUUGCCAAAUCCAAGCUCUCCUCAGAUCAACUCAGAGAGUUGCAAGCCUACAUUAGUCGGUUGUCUACCCAGGAUGAUGCUUCUACUUCUGAGGGGGCUAAGUUAGCCCAGGCUCUGGUUGCUACUAGUGAUCAAGGACUUGGGGACGGGGCAGAAGAUUGGGAUUGGUUCGGCUAUUGAUGGGCUCUACAGACUGCCCGUUCGAGUUGCUUCUGCUUUGAU